AUGUCGGCAGACGCGUUCAAAGAUCAAAACGAGAAGGAGAAAGCACGGAAAUUGCGCCCUUCGGUACCGUUAUAUCGCCCAAAGAUGCUACGGACAGCAACUACGGAUAAAGCUGCGAGCAGGGAGCCGACCAGGCAGCAGCAGCAGCAGCAGCCGGCAGCCACAUCAUACCCACCGAAGAACGGUUGGCAUUUUUUUUUUUGGAUGAGAGGGAGGGGGAGGGGAAUUUAA